UUUCUCUCGUCUCCCUCAAAUUUUCAUUGUAGAUUCUCUCUGGCCUCGUCGUCACAGUCAUCAACAAAUCACAUUUUCAUUCUCUUUGCUUCUUGAGAGGAUUCAACACCUCAAACAGAGUUGAACCAAGGCUUUUAGGGUUUCCUUUCCAUUCUACUGUGUUUGCCUCAUUAGAGAACGCCUCCAGGAGCUUCCAAUCCAACUCGGACCCUCCGAGUGUCUUCCAUUUUCAAUUUUCCGUUUAUGUUCCAUGAAUUACAUCAAAGCAUGUUCGAGGAAAAACGGAAUUUUAACAUUUCAAAAACGACACUUUCAGGUUGAUGCUUCUAUCAUCAAGACAGGCUUCGAUCCCAACACGUAUCGUUUCAACUUUCAAGUAAAGAAUCAUCUCCUACAUGGGGAUUUGGGUGCAGCACGCAAACUGUUCGACGAAAUGCCUCACAAGAACAUCAUCUCCACCAACACUAUGAUCACGGGUUACUUAAACUCUGGCAAUCUUUCCACUGCUAGGAGUUUGUUUGAUGGCAUGGUUGAACGCUCGGUUGUUACCUGGACAAUGCUCAUUGGUGGCUACGCUCAGAACAAUAAGUUCCGCGAUGCUUUCGGUCUCUUCGCUGAUAUGUGUAGGCACGGCUUGGUUCCGGAUCAUGUCACCUUGACGACUCUCUUAUCUGGGUUCACUGAGUUUGACAGUGUCAAUGAAGUCGCACAAGUGCAAACUCAUGUUGUCAAAUUGGGGUAUGAUUCCACCCUCACAGUUUGCAACUCGUUGCUUGAUUCUUACUGUAAGACGCGUAGCCUAGGUUUGGCUUGUCACCUCUUCAAGCAUAUGCCAGAGAGAGAUAGUGUAACUUUCAAUGUGUUGUUAACGGGGUACUCCAAAGAGGGCUUCAAUCAUGAUGCUAUCAACCUGUUUUUCAAGAUGCAGAAUUUGGGGUUCAAGCCCACUGAGUUUACUUUUGCUGCGGUUUUAACUGCAGGCAUACAGUUGGAUGAUAUAGAAUUUGGGCAACAAGUUCACAGUUUUGUGGUGAAGUGUAAUUUUGUGUGGAAUGUGUUUGUGGCUAAUGCUUUGCUUGAUUUCUACUCCAAGCAUGACCGUGUUGCUGAAGUGAGGAAGCUUUUUUAUGAAAUGCCAGAGGUGGAUGGUAUCUCUUACAAUGUCAUCAUCACUUGUUGUGCAUGGAAUGAAAGAGUGGAGGAAUCGCUUGAACUUUUCAGGGAAUUACAGUUUACAAGAUUUGACCGGCAGCAAUUCCCAUUUGCAACCUUUUUGAGCAUUGCCGCAAAUGCUUUGAACCUGGAAAUGGGUAGGCAAAUCCAUUCCCAGGCUAUUGUAACAGAUGCCAUUUCAGAAAUUCUGGUUGGGAAUUCUUUGGUUGACAUGUAUGCUAAAUGUGACAAAUUUGGGGAAGCAAAUAGGAUUUUUGUUGAUCUGGCUCAUCAAAGUUCAGUUCCAUGGACAGCCCUGAUCUCGGGUUAUGUUCAGAAGGGGCUCCAUGAAGACGGCCUAAAGCUAUUUGUUAAGAUGCAAAGAGCCAAAAUACGUGCUGACUCAGCCACUUACGCCAGUAUCUUAAGAGCUUGUGCAAAUCUACCUUCACUAACCCUGGGAAAACAGUUACACUCACAUAUAAUCAGGUCUGGAUGCAUUUCAAAUGUAUUUUCUGGGAGUGCACUGGUUGACAUGUAUGCAAAAUGUGGAUCCAUAAAAGAAGCACUUCGUAUGUUUCAAGAGAUGCCUACGAGGAACUGUGUUUCCUGGAAUGCACUGAUUUCAGCUUAUGCACAAAACGGAGACGGUGGCCAUGCUAUUAGAUCAUUUGAACAAAUGGUUCAUUCAGGUCUGCAACCAAAUUCUGUCAGCUUCCUUAGCAUUUUGUGUGCCUGCAGCCACUGUGGUCUAGUUGAAGAAGGAUUACAAUACUUCAACUCCAUGACUCAAGUGUAUAAAUUUGUACCCAAAAAAGAGCAUUACGCAUCAAUGGUUGAUAUGCUAUGUCGCAGUGGGCGAUUUUAUGAUGCUGAGAUAUUGAUGGCUCGGAUGCCGUUUGAACCAGAUGAGGUAAUGUGGACAUCGAUUCUCAACUCAUGCAGGAUCCAUAAGAAUCAAGAGAUGGCAAAAAGAGCAGCAGAUCAACUAUUCAAUAUGAAGAUCCUUAGAGAUGCUGCUCCAUAUGUUAGCCUUUCCAAUAUUUAUGCAGCAGCUGGUGAAUGGGAGAAUGUAGGAAAGGUGAAGAAGGCCAUGAGAGAGCGAGGGAUCAGAAAGGUCCCAGCAUACAGUUGGGUUGAAAUCAAACAGAAGACUCAUGUUUUCUCAGCCAAUGACAUGUCUCACCCACAGAUGAAAGAGAUAACAAGGAUGCUUGAUGAAUUGGAAGAGCAAAUGGAGAAACAAGGGUAUAAACCUGACUCAAGUUGUGCCCUGCACAAUGUGGAUGAGGAAGUCAAGGUAGAGUCCCUAAAGUAUCACAGUGAACGCAUUGCCAUUGCGUUUGCACUUAUUAGCACCCCAAAAGGGUCACCCAUAUUGGUGAUGAAGAACCUACGAGCUUGUAACGAUUGCCACGCUGCCAUCAAGGUAAUCUCCAAGAUUGUAAACCGGGAAAUCACAGUCAGGGAUUCAAGUAGAUUCCAUCAUUUCAGAGAUGGAUCUUGCUCCUGUAAGGACUACUGGUAAUUUGCUUUUGUUUCAUCAACAAAUUUAUCAAUUUUACUUACAAAGAAAAGGUGUUAACCCGGACAAAGAUUUAGUCUCCAUUGACAAAUAUACCCUUGUUUAUUAAUACCAAUUUUCUACACUACUGGUCAUGAGAAAACAUACUAUUCCUUCCCAGCAAGAAAAAGAAAUCCUUGACAGAGUUUGCUUCCACUUCAAUGUCAAGAGUUGUAAAGGGCAGACCAAAAACAGUCUCAUUGAUUGAAUUUGUCUGCAAAUUUUCAUUAGGAGUUUCAUUUCUAGGGUUCAAGACUUUAUUUUGGGGGUCAUGGAGAGAGCCUAUAAAUAUGGCGUGAAAUUGAGGGUUUGGGGACACGAAAGCAAGUGAUCUUUAGAAACCAAGAGUGGGAGCAAGAGAUUCUGAGAAGAGAAGUGCGAAAUUCAAGCAGUGGGUGAAGUGCGAGACAUGUGAGACGUAGAGGUUUGGUAGAAAUGCUUUUUUUUUUUUUUUAAGACGACGAACACACUGCAGAGCCUAUUCGUUUUUCGGACAGCUGAAGGUGUUCAUUCUCUGCCGCAUUUUCAUUCCAUUGUAGAUGACAUUGUUCAGUCUCUUUCUCUCCGCAAACACAAAUGAGGCAGCACAAGCAGGCUUCAGCCCUUAACCGGCGACCCACCGUCCUUUAUCUGGUGUGCACACACACAUUGUUCUCCGUCCUCCUCUUCUUUAUCUGGUGUGCACGUCUACAUUGUUCUCCAUCCUCCUCUUCACAUCUAAUCCUCUCUCUUCGCAGGAUAAGAGGGGGCUAGAACUCACUGCUCAUAUUAUUGACCAUUGUAAUUUGAUCCUUAAAUACCCUGAAGGUACCAACAGCUCUUGGUACAACGCACAGUUUAAUCACUUUGAGCUGUUGGAGUACAAAUAUGAUGUGUGUGAGGCAAUCCUGUUGUGGGAACUGGUGCAUUGUCGUGACACUCCUUUUGUUCCUGUUUAAUUUGAAGUUUCAGAAUGAGUAUUUACUUGGGCUGAUGUGUUGAGAUGUUGCAGUAUCGGAACAUGACAACUGUAUUGACCAGAGAGUAUCUUGAUUCUCGACCUGGUGGUUGGAUGGAUUACACUCCACAAAGGAUAGCACCGUAGGAUGGAUCUUGAAACUUUAUUUCAAUUUUGUUUAUUGGGUUGCAUGUGUUAUCAGUUAGUGUAUGUAUGCUAAUGCCUUUUCUUCUUGUAGGGGGACAAAGAAGUGCACCAACAAGACUCUUUGUGAAGAGAACCUCAAUGUGUUGAUACCUGCAAAGCUCCCAUUUCACCCACGGCAGUUCCGAACUUGUGCUGUUGUUGGGAAUUCUGGGGAUCUUCUGAAGACUACAUUCGGGAAAGAAAUUGAUAGCCAUGAUGCUGUUAUUCAGGAUAAUGAGGCCCCUGUUAAUGAGGAAUGCCAUUUUGCACCAGUAUUCCUUUGAAUGCAAAAGAUUCUCGAGGAGCAUAUCCCAGUGAUAGUAGUGCCCAUCAAACUUUGGUAUAGCAAGCUGCACAAACAAAAGUUUUGGAUGCCAUGUGUGAUGCUUUAGAAGACUAUGACUUCUACUUUGGAUUAGGCCCGUGAUGGAGCUUUGAUACCAGAAUGCUAGACUCACGAAUAUAAAAGAUAAAAUGUAAAAAGGAUUAGUGUUUUAUUCACUACGCUUUGAAUAAUAAAUGUUGCUAAUAUAUAGCCUUACAUCAGAAAAGUGCGAAAUCUUCUUAUGCA